AUGAGUGAAACCACCAACUAUCCAAAGCCAAAUAAAAAGCUGUGUAUUCGCGGGAACAAGGCUAUGGAAUCAGAAUGGCAAAAUCUUCCAAUGGAUGUUGCCUUCUUGAUUCAAGAUAAGUUGUUUGAGCCUGUUGACCAUCUCUGUUUCGCCAGGGUUUGCAAAGAAUGGGAAUCCCUUUCAAAAGACUAUAACAAGGCAACACACCAUUUGCGAGAGGGCAAAGUACUUCCCAUUUUCUGGAACUCUACCGACUUCCAUUCCAAAUCCGAAGGACAUCCAGGACUGCAGAGCAUUUCUACAGAAAAGAGGUACAACAAGAUUCGUUUGCCACUGACUUAUGGCAAGAGGUGUUGUGGCUCUAGCCAUGGCUGGUUGGCCACAGUAGAUCUAGUAGGUCUAUCUCUGAACAUAACUCUGGUGUAUCCCUUCAAAAAAUCAGUGGCGCCAAUUUGUCUUCCUCCCUUGGACUUCAUGGUCAAGUCCUCCAUAUUAGAGGAUGACCUGAACUACUACAUUAUCAACUACAAGAAAUACAUCCCAAAUGUUAUAUUGUCCGCAAAUCCAAACUUGCAACCGGACAAUUAUCUGGUCAUUGCGCUCUACGACUGUGAUACAAAGCUGGCUUUCAUUAAAGGAGGACAAGAGCAUUGGAAAGAUUGGGUUUACUUGGAUAGGCGGCAACGCUGCCUUCAUGAUGUUACAUUCUAUAAAAAUCAAAUCUUCGUUGUUGGACGUCGGGGAAGGAUUGUAUCGUUUGAUGUUAAUGACUGUAAUGUACCUAGAAAGCGGCCAAAAGCAAAGAGACUUACGCCACCAGCCCCCUUCAGAACCUAUGCUGCUAAUUCCUACCUUGUGAAAUCAAGCAAGGGAGACCAUCUGUGGCAUGUUCGAAGACUACUUUCAUUUUGUAAUGUGACGAAUAUACACAAGUAUAGGGAGAAGUUCAUGGUUUACAAGGUAGUGUUCGACCUCAAAAAGGGAGCGGUUGUGCAGCAAGUUGAGGUGAAAAGCAUCGGAGAUGAGGCUAUGUUUUUGGGUGGCGGUCAUUCUGUGUCGGUUUUGGCUUCAAACUUUCCUGGUUGUAAGCCGAAUUCAAUAUACUACACCAACUACGAUGUACCUUAUUUUGAACAUGCCGACCGCAAACCAUAUCGUAUCCUCAGUUUGGAGAAUCAGAAUGUUACACUGCACGAGGUUUGCUCUCGCCAUGCACAACUUGCAGGUGGAGUUUGGAUUCUGCCGGCGUUCAAUUGA